AUGGCCGGGGAUGACUUUACCAUCGAGGCCUUCACCCUCCUCAGCAUUGCCAUUGUCGCCAUCGCCAUCCGCAUCACCGCACGAUGGAUCACCGCUGGACCGAGAAAUUUCAAGCUCGAUGACUUCCUCAUGCCUUUAGCGGGGGUGGUUUACGGGUUGGAAACGGGCGCCGCUUACUGUGUUGGCGCUUGGUGGAUGGGUCUCGCCAAUAACGCCAUGACCGACGAGCAACGAGCCACACUUUCUCCUACCUCAGAAGAAUACCGUCUGCGUGUGGGUGGCUCCAAGACCCAGGUUCUGGGUUGGUCGUUGUAUACAACCCUGCUGUGGUUGUUGAAAGCUUGCAUGGCUAUUUUCUACUCGCGAUUGACAGCCGGUCUGAUCAACAUGAAACGUCGGGUCCAAAUCGCCUACGUCCUCAUCGGCGCCACCUAUAUCGCCGUCAUCUGCUCGAUCCUCUUCGGUUGUCAUCCCAUGCAUAAGAACUGGCAGAUAUACCCCGACCCAGGCAAUUACUGCCAGCCUGCGGUCUCGCAUAUCGACGUCUACGUUACUGUCACCUUGAACGUUGCGACAGAUGUGUACUUGAUAUCGAUUCCAACACCGAUGCUCUUCAAAGCCCGUCUCCCCUGGCGCGAGAAACUCGAACUUCUCGUCCUUUUCAGCGGCGGAAUCUUCGUCAUGGCGGCCGGCAUCCUCCGCUGUGUGUUAAUCGUCACGGCCGGCGCAAACGGCGCCCAACAAGCCGGCAGCUGGGCCUGCCGCGAAACCUUCGUAGCCGUAAUAAUCGGCAACGCACCAAUGAUCUACCCCUUAUGUCGACGCAUCGCCCGCCGCGCAGGCUGGUAUAUCAGCACCAAGGGAAUUACCUCCAACAGCUACCCAUUAACCGAUAGCGACGUACUCGGCGGCGGUGGCGGUAACGGCGGCGGCGGCCAUAACUCGAAGAGUACCAUGCAUAGCAGUAAUCGGAAACGGAAGUUUAGGCAUCCGUUGUCAUUGCCGGAUACGCAGUAUCAUGAUGAGCAGACGAUCUUGCCGCGUUCGGAGCCGCCGACGGUUUGUGAGGCUGGGGCUUGGGAUGAGGAGAGCCGCGGGAGCCAGGAGGGGAUUAAGGUUGUUAGGGAGACUAUUGUGCACAGGCAAUAG